AUGUUGAGUGUUCGUCUGUGUCUGUGUGUUCACUUGUUCCCGUGUGUCCGUAGAUCAGUGUAUGUGUGUGUGUGUGUGUUGCCUUCUGAAGGAGUGGUGUUGGCGCAAUUCGUCAACAACAGUUUUUGUGUGUUGGCAAUUUUUGAUGACAAACUGUCGGUUGUUGUUGUUGUUGGUGGUGGUAUUGGUGGUGGUGGUGGUGGUGGUGGUUUGGUUUGGUUUGUUUUGGUUUGGUUUGGUCAUCUCAUCAAGGAUGAUGAGAAUAUUGAUGAUGGUAUUAUUGCUGAUGCUAAUGCCGAUGCCGAUACCGAUACCGAUGCUAUUGCCGAUACCAACAAUGACGACGUUGAUGUUGACAGUGAUGAUGAGACUGUACAAACAUAUUAG